AUGCUUGGUCCCGUCGUGGCCUACUUCGCGGUCAAAAACUACUAUGAAGCUGAGAUGAACGGCUACUUUGGGGACACUAAGCCAGAGCACGUGGGUGCUGGUGCCGCCGUUAUCACGGUACACGUGGUGCUGGCUGCGUUCAUAUACGUCGCAUGGAACGAAGACUCAGAUGAGGGGGAUGCCGCGCUGAAGGGCUGGGUCCACCCCGAGAUACAGAAGAAGCUAGAUGAGCUCGAUAGAGUGCACAAGGAACAAUUUGAGCAGGAGAUACAGGGCAAGAAGGCUGGCAAGGGUAUAGUCGAGCCGGAGAGUACGGAUGAAAAGGAGGAGAGUACCCCAGGGGCGGAGGGGAGUGCGAGUGCGCAUGAUGACAACAAGAAGACACAGUAG